AUGGUUCUGCACCAUCUGGGUACUCCUUCAACCGAGCGAGAAGCCCGUUCACUGCACGAGGAACUUCCAAGCGACCCCAUUCUUGACGGCAAACUCACCUCUCAUCUCGUUAUCGGCGCCGAUCUGACAGCCGACGCUUCGCCCGACAUGCUCAUCAACAAGACCGUUUCCGCAUUCGGCCGAAUCGAUGCCCUUGUCAACAAUGCCGGGAUCUGUCAGUUUGCGCAGGCUGACACGGUCACCAAGUCGCUGCUCCAAACCCACAUGGACGUCAACUAUACCGCCGCCUAUCUGUUGACCCGGGCUGCGUCGCAACAGAUGGUCCAUCAGGGCUCAGGGGGCAGUGUUGUAUCCAUCUCUUCGAUCACGGCCCUUCUUGGAUCUGCACGGCUCACCCACUACGCACCGACCAAAGCGGCCCUCCUUGCGAUGUCAAAAUCAUUUGCCGUUGAAUAUGGUGCCCACGGGAUUCGAUACAAUUGUGUUCUUCCGGGGACGGUCCACACGACCAUGAACAGGGAGGAUUUGGCAGUCAAUGGAAAGAAAGAAUUGUUGGAGAGUCGAGUGCCGUUGGGCAGACUGGGAUAUCCUGGCGAUCUUGCCGGUGCAGUUACGUUCUUUGCCAGCGAUAUGUCUGCUUAUAUCUCGGGACAGGACAUCGUGGUGGAUGGGGGAGCAUCGAUCAACUAUCAGUGA